AUGGAGGGUCAGCAGAAUCAGCAUCCGAAUGGACACCCACAAUUUCGUCAACAGCAGCUUCCUCCCCAAACGGUGCCACCAGGUCUGAAUCCGGGAAACAGUCCACCCGGACAUCAACAGCAGUCCCAUCAGCAGCCGAUUUUUACCCAGGGAAUGACGGCGGAUAGUAUCAUCGUGCAAAUUUUGCAGCACCUUCAGCAGCAACAGGUAGUAACGAACCAGAUCGUGCAGGUAGAAAUUAAUGGUGUACCAGUGCGCCUACAAUUGGAUACGGCAUCGGAUAUCACAAUUGUGUCCGAACAGGUCUGGAAGCAGCUGAGACAGCCAACAACGGUUCCGGCAACACAGGUCGCAAAGUCAACGUCGGGCGAGCAACUCGAUCUGCGGUACGAGUUUGUCUAUGAGGUAUCGUUCAUCGGAUCGUUGCAGCAGGCAGGAUUUUCGUCUCCAAGUGUUCGCUCAACCUGCUGGGCAUCGACUUCAUCGACGAAUUCGAUCUUUGGUCACUACCGAUGGACAAUUUCUGCAACCAUAUCAGUGGUGUACCUGUGGAUUACAUUGGGGUUGUGCAAUAAGGCCAAAGUCAAGCUAGUUUUGAAGGAAUCCUGUCGACCAAUUUUCCGCCCUCGUCGACCGGUUUCCUAUGCUAUGCUACCAACAGUGGAAGGUGAGCUCGAUCGUCUGGAACGGUUGAAUAUUAUUUCACCUGUAAAUUACUCAGAAUGGACGACUCCAAUAGUGGUAGUUAGGGAGGCGAACGGCAGCAUACGCAUUUGUGGGAACUACUUCGCUGGGAUCAACGAGCGGCUCCAAUCUCAUCAAUAUUCGCUCCCGCUUCCACAGGACAUUUUCUCCAAACUGGCCGGUUGCAUCGUGUUCAGCACAAACGAUUUGUCUGACGCUUUCCUGCAGAUGGAAGUCGAUGAGAGUUCACACCGUAUGCUCACAAUAAACACGCACCGGGGGUUAUAUGAAUACAACAGAUUACCACUCGGAGUGGGGGUAGCACCAGGGGCAUUUCAGCAGCUGAUUGAUACCGUGCUGGGCGGACUUUCGGGUACUUCUGGCUACUUGGACGAUGUUAUCAUUGGAGGCAAGAAUGAUGAAGAGCACCAAUAUCGCCAUGGCAUCCGACCGGAUCCAGCAAAAAUUACAGCCAUCAAGAAUAUGCCGCCACCACAGGACUUGACCGGAGUUCGUUCCUUCCUAGGGGCAAUAAACUAUUACGGGAAGUUCGCCCCAAACAUGAGAACUAUCCGUUAUCCGUUGGAUGAACUUCUCAAAAGCAGCACAUCAUUCAUUAAGACUUGGGAAUGCAGGCAGACGUUCGACGAAUUCAAGAGAAUAUUGUCCUCCGAACUCCUGCUCACCCAUUACAACCCGGAACAGGAAAUUGUAGUAUCAGCCGACGCAUCAUCAGUCGGAGUAGGAGCAAUAAUAAGCCACAAAUUUCCUGACGGCAAGGUCAAGAUUAUCCAGCAUGCUUCUCGGGCACUCAACGCUGCCGAACAACGAUACUCCCAGCCGGAUCGUGAAGGUCUUGCGAUAGUGUUUGCGAAUCAUGUAUCAGCGGACUGUCCGGUGGAAGGGGCGGCUGCCCUGAAAUGUGCUAACUGUGGAGGUGACCAUCAGGAAUCGGAUAAACAAUGUCCAAAACGCGAAGUUUUCAAACGCAUCCGAAAGGAGGCAUCUUCCAGCACUCAACCGAAACCGAAAAACAGGCUGACCCAGUGUUCAAAGCAGAUGACUUUCCAGCACUGA